UCAACCCGCAGGCUACACAACAAGAAAUUGAGGCAGCUUUGGAUAAUGAUGAAGGCGGCCAAGUUUUUGCUCAAUCGUUGAUGACCUCAACACGUUAUGGUGCGGCAAGGGAUGCGUUGCAAGAAGUGCAGGAGCGUCAUGAUGAUAUCAAGAAGAUAGAAAGAACGAUUGAAGAACUUGCAAAUCUUUUCCAAGAGAUGCAGCUGUUGGUGGAAGCACAGGAUGCGCCAAUUGCUUCCAUCGAAGAGCAUACAGAGCAGGUCACUCAUGAUGUGGAACAAGCUGCUGUACAUGUGGAAAAAGCAUUGGAGAGUGCGAGAGGAGCCAGAAGACCCAAGUCGUCGGACACUUCUCCGCCACCAACGCAAACUACCACGGCACCUGGACCUGUAACGACAAAAGCAUAA